CACUUGACAAUCAUCAUUGAUCCACAUAUCAAAGCAACAGACACCUACUGGGUGCAUAAAGAUCUCACUGAACGUGGCUAUUAUACAAAGAACAAGGAUGGGAAAGACUAUAGAGGUGAGUGUUGGCCAGGUACAUCCGGUUGGCCGGACUUGUUCAACCCAGACGUUCGUAAAUAUCUAGCUGAUCAAUAUCUCUUGGAAAAUUUCAACGCAACGAGCAAGGAUGUGUUCAUUUGGAACGACAUGAAUGAGCCGAGCGUAUUCAGUGGGCCAGAACUAACAAUGCCAAAAGAUAAUUUACACAACACCGAGAUGGGAACAUAUGAACAUCGUGUGGUGCAUAAUUUGUACGGUCACAUGCAGUUGAUGUCAACUUUCGACGGUCUUGUUCGUCGUGGAGCAGGUAAGCUGCGUCCAUUCAUCUUGACUCGUAGCCAUUUCUCCGGCAGUCAGCGUUAUGCUGCCAUUUGGACAGGAGAUAAUACGGCUGAAUGGGGUUAUUUGCAAGCGUCUUUGAAGAUGUGCCUAUCAGAAGCUGUCAGUGGGUUCUCGUUCUGCGGAGCUGAUGUUGGCGGUUUCUUCAAAAAUCCAAACGCAGAAUUGUUGGAACGUUGGCAUCAAACCGGAGCCUUUUUACCUUUUUUCCGUGCUCAUUCUAAUAAUGACACUGAACGGCGUGAGCCAUGGCUUUAUCCCAAAGCCACAAAACUCAUAAUUCGUGAUGCAAUUCGCAAGCGAUACACAUAUUUGCCACUGUGGUAUGUGUUGUUCUACGAACACGAACGCUACGGUUACCCAGUGAUGAGACCACUUUUGAGCCACUAUCCAAAUGAUCCAGAGGCGUUUGCCAUUGACAACGAAUUCUUGUUGGGUGAUAGGCUCUUAGUUCAUCCAGUAACACAGUUAGGUGCCACCAAAGUCGAUGUGUACUUUCCACGUAACAGCCCAACUGGUGAAGGCGACUUUUGGUAUGACGCCGAUGAUUUCACACUGUUUAAUUCAGUCGGUUACGUUACCAUUCCGGUGAAUAGCUACAAGAUUCCAGUUUAUCAACGCGGCGGUGCUGUCAUCCCGAAGAAAGGACUUGUCCGUCGGGCAUCGACAUUGAUGAAGAACGAUCCAUACACGUUGAUCGUCUGCUUGGAUCGAUUCAAGGAAGCCAAUGGCACUCUCUAUGAAGAUGAUGAAGAAAGCUACGACUACCGCAACGGAAAAUACGUUUACUCACAAAUUGAGUUCAAAAGCAAUGUGCUCAGCAGCAAAUUGAUCGAUCCGACUGCAACAUUCGAAACAUUGGCUUGGAUCGAACGUGUCGUCAUUGCUGGUUUGGACAAAGCCCCAAAAUCAGCCACACUUUCAACCGCAUCCAAACGCGUCUCACUUGAUGUUGUCGAACACCAACGUGCAUACUCCGUUCGUAAUCUUGCUGUUAAUAUUGCUGAAGAAUGGGAGAUUACUUUGAACUACUAAAGUUUUGUUUGAAAAUAUGUUGAAAUAUUAAGAAGUUAAUUUUAUCUCAACAAAGAAAGUGAUGAUAAUAGGUGAAACACCACGAAUCAAUUUGCAACCACAGUUGUUCGCCGAAUUUAUUGCAUUUUUUUCUUCGUUAAACAUAUAUUCAAUACAUUCAUAGUUUGUCGUUGGUUGAAUAAUGUUUCAAAUAUAAAUGUGUUUUUGUAAUCAAUUUGUGUAUUUCAUGAUGGAUACAAUAAAAAUAAAA